UGAGAGCUCCAGCCUUCCGUAUCCGUGGUCCUACUUCCGCAAACGCAGGGGGAAUUGGCCCGAGAGCUUCGUUGGGGCUGAUGAGAUCCCGGAACGGUGCAGGUUUGCUUGUUGGCACCCGAAAACCCGUCGUGGAGAAAAGCAAUGUUCAAUGUCCCAACGCUGAAAAAGGAGGGGCAGUCAGCAAGUAGUUCGAGCGCGAGGCGGUGUUGGUUCCCUCAAACCCUCCUCAGCUGUCGGACGGUGCCCUCAUCAAUCCUCCCUCCAUCACGAGAACCGCACCAUUUGCAGCAGAAUGCAGCGGCGCGCUCGCACCGACUGGCUGCGGGCCGGCCGUUCUCUGUCAAAAAUAUCGAAACAGGAAGCAGCUCCCGUCUCCAAAUGCACCCGGCUGCAACUCUCGUGCAGGUGGGGAGGUGGGGUGCUUAUCGAAUGGAAGGUUCCUUGGUCUGGAGGGGUUGCAUUCCCGACGCCGGGAACCUAGGAAACCGGCUUCAACUUCCGCCCCGGAUUAGCGCAAUUUGCUGGCUGGCUGACGACCACCGUGCGCGCAAUUUCAGGGGAAAGAAAAACUCUGUUCAUCCAAACAAGAGGAUACGGACGCAGGCCGCCCGUGGCGUCCAGACCUGCCAGAGGUUCGGCCUCCAGUUUUGUUUGCUUAUUCACCUGGAAGUUUUCGCCUCCAACUGAUGCCCUCAGCUGUGAUGGAUGAGGCGGGUGGAUGGGACGUCGUGGUUCUCUGUGGGCUCCUAGGCCAAGCCGCCAAGACAUCAAGCCUGACCGGUGGGUUGUGGAGCACAGCUGCCACCGCGCUGUUGGAACCGAUGAAUCUCCCAUCAUGAUCAGGCAAGCAAUGGUCUGAUGACAGGCUGAUGAGGGG